CAUUGUCCCUGAUCGUUGCCAGCCACCGUUCGCGACGGCCACACAGGCACGACCUCCCCGACAGAGUCGCCCUGCUGAUGCCGCACCGCACUCACCUCCCGCCGGUCCGCGCGUUCCCGUUCCCGCUCGGCACCCACCUCCGUCUCACUUGCUCUCCUUCCGCGCCACCACCUCGCCUCUCGCCAGCUCCCGUACCCCGAUGGCCGACGCCGCUUCGCGCCCGCUCGUCCAGCGAAUCCAUCCGCGGAGGCGCCGAGCCCUCUGGCUCCACCCUCGACGUGCUCCUCUCGGGCGCGGAGCUGCUCUGCCUCGCGCCGCCCGCCAUCUGCUCCGCGGUUUGCGCCGUCCGCCUUGUCGUCGCGCGGGGCGGCCCAGUCAAGCCGUUCGCUGCUCUAGCGAGCGGGAGGACGUUCAUCAUGCAUUACGUUCUCUUGGUGGGGGCGGUAGCGAUCGGGGUCCUGGUCCGGCGGAAGCAAUGGGAGCGACUUUGCCGGGUGGGCGCGGGCGCCGGCGCAUCGGACACAGGUGGUGUGGAUUUGGUGGGGAGGGUCGAGAAGGUGGAGGAGAGCGUGCGGGGUGUGUUGGCGGCCGUUGUAGUGCUGUCAAGAACAGUGGAGAAGCUCGGCGUCAGGUUUAGGGUGCUGCGGAGGACGCUGAGGGAUCCUAUCAGUGAGACAGCAGCAUUAGCCGAAAAGAAUUCAGAAGCCACUCGAAUACUAGCAGCGCAAGAAGAUCUUCUUGAGAAAGAAAUUAGUUCGAUACAAAAGGUUCUAUAUGCGAUGCAGGAACAACAAGAAAAGCAACUUAAGCUAAUCCUUGCAAUUGGGGAAGCAAGUAGGAUAUUAGAUGACAAGCAGGACUUGUUAGGCUAGGAAACUGCCAUAUCUUCCAGUUCAGCUCCCGAUAUGCAAAUAUAAAAGCUGAAACACUUUGAGGCGGCAAUAAAAACACUGAUUUCAUUUGCCGAAA